AUGGGUGGUGUUGGUAUUGGGGUUAGCCGGGGCGGCCAUGGUGAUGAUCCUACUAAGUACCCUGGAAAACUCACAUUGUAUGUGAUAAUAACUUUAAUGGCUAUAGCUAUGGGAGGAUUAAUCGUUGGAUACGAUAUUAGUAUAUCAGGUGGAGUUACUUCCAUGGCGCCUUUUCUAGAGAAAUUCUUUCCAUCUGUUUACCAUAAGCAGAUGGAUGAUACAUCAACAAAUCAAUACUGCAAGUUUGACAGCCAGAUUUUGACACUUUUUACAUCUUCACUCUAUUUGGCUGCCCUUGUAAUGUCCUUUGUUACAUCAACAAUGACCAAGAAAUUUGGCCGGAGAAAAUCGAUGAUGUUUGGUGGAAUAAUUUUCUUGGUUGGUGCCACGUGA